AUGCCGAAAGAUUUUUCUAUCGAUUACUUACUUUCGGACUUCGACAACUCACAAAAAGACGAAGGAAUCGUGAAACGAGGCAGUAUCCGCUUCAGACUAGAAGGCAUUUCAUUGUGGAGGCGAUUCCAUGCCUUAGGCACAGAGAUGAUUGUCACGAAGAGCGGACGGCGAAUGUUUCCUGUGCUGAGCAUUUCCAUCAGUGGUCUGGAAACGGACGUUCAUUAUUCAUUGCUGGUCGAUAUGGAAUGUGUAGACAGCAAGCGUUAUCGUUAUUCCUUCCACCAAAGUAAGUGGACGGCUACAGGUCCAGGCGAGGCCGAGUUGCCGUGUCGGACUUUCGUGCAUCCGGAUAGUCCAGCACGUGGCGCUCACUGGAUGAAAGGAAGUGUUUCGUUCGACAAAAUAAAGCUUACUAAUAAUCAGUUGGAUCAGAACGGACAUAUCAUCGUCAACUCGAUGCAUAGAUAUCUUCCACGAAUUCAUCUACCGGAGACCAGGAGUAACAUCGAGCGCAUAACAAUCUCUUUUGAGGAAACGACGUUCAUCGCAGUAACUGCGUAUCAGAAUCAUCGGAUUACGUCCUUGAAGAUCGAGUCGAACCCAUUUGCGAAAGGAUUUCGUGAAUGCGAACUCGACGAUCCACGUAUUCUGCCAUUUCUUCUUCCCUUCUACGGUCUUGCGUUUCCUUUCAGAAACAGCUGA